AUGUCGGGCGCGCCCGCGGGCGGCGGCAGCCCCUCUGCGGCGGCGCAGGUGGGCCAGGCGGCGCUGCACGGGGCGCAGAAAGGUGCGCAGAUCGCGCAGCGGGGAGUGGUGAACCUCACCAUCUAUGUGCAGCACAAUCCAACGAUCGUGAAAAUGCUUUGCUGCGCAGUUGGCUUAGCUUUGUCGGUGAUUAGCAUCCUGAGCAUCGUGGGAGUGGCACAGAUGAGCGAUGCGGAAAAGUGGUCAGCCAGGGAUACCUUGCAGACCGUGUACACCUUCGUCUUUGGCUUCGUUCUCAUCUUGAUCGACAUGAAGGAGGACUGGGCCAACAAGUAUUUCGGGUUACAGACUAAGCUUUUUGUGUACGGCAACUUCCUGGCGACCUACACUGGGCGCGCUCUCUUCUAUUUCUAUGUAGGAUCAAUAUCACUUUUCUUGCUUCCAACCUCGGAGUUUUGGAAGUUUGUGUACAUUAUCCUAGGAGGCUUUUUGUGUGUCCUAGGGCUGCUUAUGCUAGGCCUGCGCUAUUGCUCGUGCUGUUGUGGCACCACACCAGAUGUGGAGACAGGUGGUACAGUUACCCACACGCACACGCAAAGCUAG